AGCAUGCUAACCCUACACUUUCAUCCUUUGCAGGUUUUCAAGUUAAUUAAUCAUUUACAACAAAAUUGACAAGAAUUGAGGUUAUUGUUAUUUUGGCCUAAAAUUAAAAAGACCGAGAAUGUCAGCGACCCUUGAUGAGUUCAUUACCCUAACACCACUGACUUGUGUGCAACAGGUCAACGCUGUACUGACUGCAGCGUCGCCAAGGCCGAGAGGCUUUAAGGUGUUCUACACCUUGUUCGGGGUGUACUGCGGAGUACUCGCAUAUCGGGCAUAUAGAACCUACUGCAAACGGAGCGCAGUUACAGAUGCACAGGCAGCGAAUGUAACUAUUCCGGCGGUCAACGAAGUGGCGGCUGCCAGUCCUGUGAAUGGGCAGCUUGCGCCUAAUCCUUCGCCCAUCCUCUUGCAGCCCGCUGACGCAUCCAACACCGACAUGAGCUGGCGCUAUGGCCCUCCGACAGCAUCCGAACUCAAACUCGGAUACGAGAGUGGUGACGACGAGGAAAAGUCUGUUUGUAAAAGCAAUGGAGAGCCUGAGGUCCCCACCGUGUCAGUUGGCACAUCCACAGUGGGGAAAAGUGAGCAGGAGGACAAAAUCGAGGGAGAAUCUCCCAAUGCAACCACCUUUUCGGUCUGAGUCGAUAGUUAAGAAACCUAUCGUUUGGCUUUAAAUUAAAGACGCAAAUUUCUUUUUUU